AUGGGGCUAAGGUUAGCCAGCCUUUUGAUACUAUGGCUGGCCAUUUGUAACGCAUCUGAAAUUAGAAAAGGAAGAAGUCCUAACCAUGACCAAUAUGUCUGCAGUACCUGGGGGAACAACCACUUCAAAACUUUUGAUGGUGACUUUUACCAAUUUCCUGGUGUCUGUGAUUACAACUUUGUUUCUGACUGCCGAGAGUCCUACAAAGAGUUCUCUGUCCAUAUCCAGCGUGAACUGAAUGACCAAGGACAUCCUGACAUCCAAUAUGUUCUUGUCACAAUUAAGGAUGUUGCAAUCUACCUCUCUCACAAGAUGGUUGUGGUGGAUGGCCAAAUCACAAGGACUCCAUACCAUCGCCCUGGUAUUUUGAUUGAGAAGGACGAUAAAUAUAGUAAAGUCUAUUCUAAAGUGGGCCUGGUUCUGAUAUGGAACAGAAACGAUGCCUUGAUGGUUGAGCUUGACAGCAAGUUUCAAAACUAUACAUGUGGUCUUUGCGGGGAUUAUAAUGGCCUGCAGAUCUACAAUGAAUUCAUCUCCAAUGGACUGAAAUACAACCCAAUCAUAUUUGGAAACCUCCAGAAGAUUAACAACCCCCAAACAGUAUGUGAAGACCCUGAUGAGGCACAGACUGUCAAAUCCUGCAACCUGCAUCGUGAAGAGUGUGAGAAGCUGCUGACUUCUCCAGCUUUUGCGGACUGUCAAUCCCGCCUUAAUCUGGAACAGUAUAUUCAAGCUUGCAUGCAGGACAGAUGUGCUUGUCAGCCCACUGAGGACUCCUUCUGCCUCUGCAGCACCAUCUCGGAGUUUUCGCGCCAGUGCUCCCAUGCUGGUGGCAAGCCUCAGAAUUGGAGGACAGCCCAACUGUGCCCUGAAUCAUGUCCUGGAAAUAUGGUAUACUUGGAAAGUGCUUCACCAUGUAUGGACACCUGUUCACACCUGGAGAUCAGCAAACUAUGUGAAGAGCAUUAUAUGGAUGGCUGUUUUUGUCCUGAAGGCACAGUAUAUGAUGACAUCACUGGGAAAGGCUGUGUGUCCACAAGCCAAUGUUACUGUAAACUUCAUGGGAAGCUAUUUGCUCCUGGUCAAGACAUCACCAAUGAAUGUGAAAACUGCACUUGUGCAUCAGGUAGAUGGAUAUGCCAGGAUUUGCCCUGUCCAAGCACAUGUGCAGUGGAGGGUGGCACUCAUAUUACUACCUUUGAUGGGAAGAAAUAUAUCUUCCAUGGAGACUGCUACUACGUGUUGGCCAAGACUAGUAAAAAUGACUCGCAUGUCCUCUUAGGAGAGCUGGGCCCUUGCAGUUCUACAGAAAAACAGACAUGCCUAAAGACGGUUGUUCUCUUAACAGAUCACAGGAAAAAUGUUGUAGUUUUCAAAUCAGAUGGGACUGUAUUACUGAAUGAGCUGGAGAUUCAUUUGCCUCAUAAAGCAGCCAGCUUCUCAGUUUUCCAGCCAUCAUCCUACUACAUUAUUGUGCAGACUUCCUUUGGCCUCAAGCUGCAGAUUCAGCUGUCUCCAGUGAUGCAGUUGUUUGCUGUAGUGGAUCAGUCUGUCAAGGGAAUACUCCAAGGUCUUUGUGGGAAUUUCAAUGGAAUAGCAAGUGAUGAUUUCAAAACAUCAGGUGGAUUGGUUGAAGCAACAGGGGCUUCCUUUGCUAAUACCUGGAAAGCACAAGCCAGCUGCCCUGACAAGCUGGAUAACUGGGAAAAUCCUUGCACUCUUAGCCUUGAACAUGAAAAUUAUGCUGAACAUUGGUGCUCUUUGCUGAAAAGUACACAAACUCUUUUUGCCAGAUGCCACUCAGUCCUUGAUCCAACAGAUUAUUAUAAGCGUUGCAAGUAUGAUACAUGCAGCUGUAACUCCAAUGAAGAAUGCUUGUGUGCUGCCCUAUCCUCUUAUGCAAGAGCCUGUGCCUUCAAAGGUGUCAUGUUGUGGGGCUGGAGAAAUGAUAUCUGCAACAAAGAAGUGUCCUCCUGCCCAGCCACCCAGGUCUUCCGUUACAAUCUGACUACCUGCCAGCGAUCCUGCCGCUCUCUUUCUGAUGGUGAUAAGCAUUGCUUGGAAGGUUUCACCCCAGUAGAUGGCUGUGGCUGCCCUGAUAAUACCUACAUGAAUGACAAAGGCACCUGUGUGCCCAUAUCUCAGUGCCCAUGUUAUUACAAAGACUCAUUUGUGCAGCCUGGAAGUAUUGUCAUGAAACAAGAGGAGCGCUGUACUUGCAAAAAUGGAAGAUUUCAUUGUAGAAAGUUCUCAGUGAUCUAUAUUUAUUUUACAGAAUGUCUGCACAAUAAGACAUAUUUUGACUGCAACAACAUUAGCUCUUGGUGGUCUCCUCAAACACCAGUUCAACUUAGCUGCCAAACGCUGGGUACCGAACAUUUCCAAAGAGAGUGCAUCUCAGGAUGUGUGUGUCCUGAAGGAUUGAUUGACGAUGGGAGAGAUGGAUGUGUUAAAGAAGAGGAUUGCCCAUGCAUUCAUAACAAUGAUUUUUAUUCCCCUGGAGACAAAAUAAAAGUGGACUGCAACACAUGUACUUGUCAAAAAGGAAGCUGGAGGUGCACCAACACUGCUUGCUAUGGGACAUGUAAUAUUUAUGGAAGCGGCCAUUUUAUUACCUUUGAUGGAAAAUUUUAUGACUUUGAUGGUAGCUGUGAUUAUGUGGCUACCCAGGAUUACUGUGGCAACAAAAGCGCGGAGGGAACAUUUAGUGUCAUCACAGAGAAUGUCCCAUGUGGAAACACAGGAGUCACCUGCUCCAAGGCCAUUAAAUUGUUUCUAGGGAAUAUUGAGCUGAAGUUGGAAGAAAAAAAGAUUGAAAAAAUUGUGCAGAAUAACAAUAGUGGUGUGACUUAUUGGAUUCGUGAGCAAGUUGGACUGUACAUUGUAGUUGAAGUCAGCAGUGGUAUUAUGCUCAUCUGGGACAAGAAGACAACUAUUUUCAUCAAGCUGACACCACAUUAUAAAGGAAAAGUCUGUGGCUUAUGUGGUAACUUUGAUGACAUGGCCAGCAAUGACUUCACAACGAGAAGCAUGGUUCAAGUGACCAGUACACUGACAUUUGGAAAUUCAUGGAAAAUGGCUCCUUCAUGCCCUGAUGUGGAGGUAGACAUUCAGCCCUGUGAAGUGAGACCUCAUCGCAGAUCCUGGGCAGAGAAAGAGUGCAGCAUCAUCAAAAGUAAAAGUUUUGAAAAAUGCCAUUAUAAGGUGGAUCCAGAGCAAUACUAUGAAGCCUGUGUACAUGAUGCUUGUGCCUGUGACAGUGGUGGGGAUUGUGAGUGCUUCUGUACUGCAGUUGCUGCCUAUGCUCAAGAAUGCAUCAAAGCUGGAGCUUGUAUCCACUGGAGGACUCCUGAGAUAUGCCCAAUCUUCUGUGACUACUACAACCCUUCUCCAGAAAUAUGUGAAUGGCACUAUGAGCCCUGCGGGCGUGACAUUCUAAGUUGCAAGGUCCUUACUCAAGUCAACACCAACUUUUCAUUGCCAUUUUUGGAAGGUUGCUACCCACGAUGUCCUCCAGAGACCCCUAUCUUCAAUGAGGAGACCUCCACAUGUGUGACCGAGGUGGAAUGUACUGGCUGCUAUUUCGAAGACGUUUACUACCCAAAUGGCGCGUUGAUACCCACAUAUAAGCCCAGAGAACUGUGUCAGGAAUGUUUCUGUGUUCGACUGGGAACAGUGGACUGCAAGCCUAAAAAUGGCUGCUGUAUUUAUGAAGGCGAAGAGUAUAAUGUUGGAGACAUCAUCCUGGAGAGAAAUGGAUCCAUCUGUUUCGAAUUAAUAUGCACAUUAGAUGGCCUUCAGGUUGUACAUGUACACCCCUGCAGUACAACUGUGACUCCCACAACUACUGUUUCAACUACCUCUUCCACCACGAUUACAACCACCACACCUCCAUGCAUCUGCGAAUGGAGUCAAUGGUAUGAUGUCAGUUUUCCCAAAGAUGAACCAGGAGGUGGUGACUAUGAGACAUACGAUGCGAUAAGGAAUAAAGGAUAUGAAUUGUGUGCAGCCCCACUAGAUAUACAUUGCAGAGCUAAAGCAUCACCUGAUCUAACUUUGGAAGAGCUGGGACAGAAAGUGGAUUGUAAUGUUACUCAUGGAUUCAUUUGUAGAAAUGAUGACCAGGACAAAAGCCUCUGGAACCUCUGCUAUAAUUAUGAGAUCAGUGUAUUCUGCUGCCCAUUUCCAUGCUCAACUACAACAGGAACUACAUCUCCGACCACAUCGCCUACCACUACAAAACUAUCUACCACCCCACCAACUACAACCACACCAGCUUCUACUACAACCAUGCCACCGACCACCACACCAACCAUCAUUCCUACCACUACUUCUACACCAACUACUACUCUUAUUACUACUCCUGCACCAUCUACCACCACACCAACUAUUUCUCCAACUACAACCACCACCAUUACAACAACUACUAUUACUACUACAAGAAGCACAACAGCACCUUGUCCUGAAACUGAAAUAUGUGAGUGGUCAGGGUGGAUUGACGUGAGUUACCCAAUUUUUGGUUCUGAAUAUGGUGACUAUGAAACCUAUGAUAACAUCAGAGCACACGGCAUAGAGAUCUGUGAGAGGCCGCAGAACAUAUCCUGCCGAGCAGAGAAAUUUCCUGACAGAUCUAUCAAGGAUUUGGAACAAGACGUGACCUGUGAUGUUUCGAUUGGGCUUAUUUGCAACAACAAAGAUCAGGUUCCUGGGACUGCCAUGCCUGCGCCUAUGUGUCUGAACUAUCAGAUCCGGGUAUACUGCUGCAUAUGCCCACCCCCCCAAAAUAACACUACAACGCCAACUACCACUACUACCUCCACAUCACCUACCACCACACCAACCAUCACUCCUACCAUUACGUCUACACCAACUACAACUCCUAUUUCUACUUCAACGCCAUCUACUACCACACCAACCAUAACUCCUACCAUUACAUCUACACCAACUACAGCCCCUAUUUCUACUUCAACACCAUCUACCACCACGCCAACUAUUUCUCCAACUACAACCGCUACUACUCCACAUAGCACCACAGUGAGUAGUCCAGAGCCAGCACCUUGUCCUGAAACUGAAAUAUGUGAGUGGUCAGGGUGGAUUGACGUGAGUUACCCAAUUUUUGGUUCUGAAUAUGGUGACUAUGAAACCUAUGAUAACAUCAGAGCACACGGCAUAGAGAUCUGUGAGAGGCCGCAGAACAUAUCCUGCCGAGCAGAGAAAUUUCCUGACAGAUCCAUCAAGGAUUUGGAACAAGACGUGACCUGUGAUGUUUCGACUGGGCUUAUUUGCAACAACAAAGAUCAGGUUCCUGGGACGGCCAUGCCUGCGCCUAUGUGUCUGAACUAUCAGAUCCGCGUGUACUGCUGCAUAUGCCCAACCACAACACCAACUACCACUACUACCUCCACAUCACCUACCACCACACUAACCAUCACUCCUACCAUUACGUCUACACCAACUACAACUCCUAUUUCUACUUCAACGCCAUCUACUACCACACCAACUAUAACUCCUACUGUUACAUCUACACCAACUACAACUCCUAUUUCUACUUCAACACCAUCUACCACCACGCCAACUAUUUCUCCAACUACAACCGCUACUACUCCACAUAGCACCACAGUGAGUAGUCCAGAGCCAGCACCUUGUCCUGAAACUGAAAUAUGUGAGUGGUCAGGGUGGAUUGACGUGAGUUACCCAAUUUUUGGUUCUGAAUAUGGUGACUAUGAAACCUAUGAUAACAUCAGAGCACACGGCAUAGAGAUCUGUGAGAGGCCGCAGAACAUAUCCUGCCGAGCAGAGAAAUUUCCUGACAGAUCCAUCAAGGAUUUGGAACAAGACGUGACCUGUGAUGUUUCGAUUGGGCUUAUUUGCAACAACAAAGAUCAGGUUCCUGGGACUGCCAUGCCUGCGCCUAUGUGUCUGAACUAUCAGAUCCGGGUAUACUGCUGCAUAUGCCCAACCACAACACCAACUACCACUACUACCUCCACAUCACCUACCACCACACUAACCAUCACUCCUACCAUUACGUCUACACCAACUACAACUCCUAUUUCUACUUCAACGCCAUCUACUACCACACCAACCAUAACUCCUACUGUUACAUCUACACCAACUACAACUCCUAUUUCUACUUCAACACCAUCUACCACCACGCCAACUAUUUCUCCAACUACAACCGCUACUACUCCACAUAGCACCACAGAAUUUCUGACUAUAGUCGCUUCAACACCAACGUCACCAAGCAUCACUGGAACUCAGACCCCAAGUCCAACUGCACCCACCAGCACUCAAACCCCUUCAACAACCACAACUCAGGUGAGUAAAUUUAUAAUACCAGCAUGUUAUAAUGCACUGCAUUUGGUGUUUUCUAAUGAGCUUCAUCUUUGUUUUGCAGCUGAAUGCAUCAUGUGCUACUGGUCUUCGUGGAUUAGUGUGAGUAAACCAAACUACAACGACAAAGAUGGUGGAGACAAUGAAACCUAUGUGAAAAUCAGAGAAGAGGGCAUAGAUAUCUGCACACAACCAUUAAACAUUUCAUGCAGAGCUAAAGAUUUUCCUCAUGUACCCCUUGAAGAACUGGGACAAGAGUUGGUAUGUGACGUUUCCACAGGACUAAUCUGUAAAAACAAAGACCAAAUCCAAGGGGGUGUGGCAACAAUGUGUCUCGAUUACGAAAUCAGUGUUGAGUGCUGUGGUCCUUGCGUCAGCACUACAACAGGAACCUCUACGACACCAGUCUCGACUCCUGGGGUACACUCCUCGACUACAACGGCAACGACAACAAUACCGUGCUCCACUGAAGAAACAGAACCAGGGAUGUCUACUUCAGAAGUUACAACAACCACACCUACACCAACCCCCACAGGGAGUACAACUACAACUACAAUCACUGUGCCAACAAGCAGCCCUACAGGGACAAGUACAACCCCAUCUACAUCCACCAUAACCACUAUGACUUCUCCAACAACCCCCACUGAGACAGUAUCCACAACAACUGCUCCACCUACACCAACCCCCACGGAGAGCUCAACUACAACCACAUCCACAACAACAACAACAACUACCACUGGAACUCCAACUCCAAGUACAACUACUUCAACCACAACUGGGCCAACAACCACCCCUACUGAGACAAGUACCACCACCUCAACCACCACAACCUCUCCAACAACUCCCACAGUGACUGUAUCCACAACAACACCUACACCAACCCCCACAGAGAGCUCAACUACAACAACAUCCACAACAACAACUACUACUGAAACUCCAACUCCAAGUACAACUACUUCUACUACAACUGGGCCAACAACCACCCCUACUGAGACAAGUACCACCACCUCAACCACCACCAUGACCUCUCCAACAACACCCACUGUGACUGUAUCCACAACAACACCUACACCUACACCAACACCCACGGAGAGCUCAACUACAACCACAUCUACAACAACAACAACUACCACUGGAACUCCAACUCCAAGUACAACUACUUCAACUACAACUGGGCCAACAACCACCCCUACUGAGACAAGUACCACCACAUCAACAACCACCACGACCUCUCCAACAACCCCCACUGUGACUGUAUCCUUAACAACACCUACACCUACACCAACCCCCACGGAGAGCUCAACUACAACCACAUCCACAACAACCACAACAACUACCACUGGAACUCCAACUCCAAGUACAACUACUUCAACCACAACUGGGCCAACAACCACCCCUACUGAGACAAGUACCACCACAUCUACAACCACCACGACCUCUCCAACAACCCCCACUGUGACUGUAUCUUCAACAACACCUACACCUACACCAACCCCCACGGAGAGCUCAACUACAACCACAUCCACAACAACAACAACAACUACCACUGGAACUCCAACUCCAAGUACAACUACUUCAACCACAACUGGGCCAACAACCACCCCUACUGAGACAAGUACGACCACACCUACAACCACCACGACCUCUCCAACAACCCCCAAUGUGACUGUAUCCACAACAACACCUACACCAACCCCCACGGAGACCUCAACUACAACCACAUCCACAACAACAACAACAACUACCACUGGAACUCCAACUCCAAGUACAACUACUUCAACCACAACUGGGCCAACAACCACCCCUACUGAGACAAGUACGACCACACCUACAACCACCACGACCUCUCCAACAACCCCCACUGUGACUGUAUCCUCAACAACACCUACACCUACACCAACACCCACGGAGAGCUCAACUACAACCACAUCCACAACAACAACAACUACCACUGGAACUCCAACUCCAAGUACAACUACUUCUACCACAACUGGGCCAACAACCACCCCUACUGAGACAAGUACCACCACCUCAACAACCACCACGACCUCUCCAACAACACCCACUGUGACUGUAUCCACAACAACACCUACACCAACCCCCACGGAGAGCUCAACUACAACCACAUCCACAACAACAACAACAACUACCACUGGAACUCCAACUCCAAGUACAACUACUUCAACCACAACUGGGCCAACAACCACCCCUACUGAGACAAGUACCACCACAUCUACAACCACCACGACCUCUCCAACAACCCCCACUGUGACUGUAUCUUCAACAACACCUACACCUACACCAACCCCCACGGAGAGCUCAACUACAACCACAUCCACAACAACAACAACUACCACUGGAACUCCAACUCCAAGUACAACUACUUCAACCACAACUGGGCCAACAACCACCCCUACUGAAACAAGUACCUCCACCUCAACAACUACCACGACCUCUCCAACAACCCCCACUGUGACUGUAUCCUCAACAACACCUACACCUACACCAACACCCACGGAGAGCUCAACUACAACCACAUCCACAACAACAACAACUACCACUGGAACUCCAACUCCAAGUACAACUACUUCAACCACAACUGGGCCAACAACCACCCCUACUGAGACAAGUACCUCCACCUCAACAACCACCACGACCUCUCCAACAACACCCACUGUGACUGUAUCCUCAACAACACCUACACCUACACCAACCCCCACGGAGAGCUCAACUACAACCACAUCCACAACAACAACAACAACUACCACUGGAACUCCAACUCCAAGUACAACUACUUCAACCACAACUGGGCCAACAACCACCCCUACUGAGACAAGUACCACCACAUCUACAACCACCACGACCUCUCCAACAACACCCACUGUGACUGUAUCUUCAACAACACCUACACCUACACCAACCCCCACGGAGAGCUCAACUACAACCACAUCCACAACAACAACAACUACCACUGGAACUCCAACUCCAAGUACAACUACUUCAACCACAACUGGGCCAACAACCACCCCUACUGAAACAAGUACCUCCACCUCAACAACUACCACGACCUCUCCAACAACACCCACUGUGACUGUAUCCUCAACAACACCUACACCUACACCAACCCCCACGGAGAGCUCAACUACAACCACAUCCACAACAACAACAACAACUACCACUGGAACUCCAACUCCAAGUACAACUACUUCAACCACAACUGGGCCAACAACCACCCCUACUGAGACAAGUACGACCACACCUACAACCACCACGACCUCUCCAACAACCCCCACUGUGACUGUAUCCUCAACAACACCUACACCUACACCAACCCCCACAGAGAGCUCAACUACAACCACGUCCACAACAACAACAACAACAACUACCACUGGAACUCCAACUCCAAGUACAACUACUUCAACCACAACUGGGCCAACAACCACCCCUACUGAGACGAGUACCACCACCUCAACAACCACCACGACCUCUCCAACAACCCCCACUGUGACUGUAUCCUCAACAACACCUACACCAACCCCCACGGAGAGCUCAACUACAACCACAUCCACAACAACAACAACUACCACUGGAACUCCAACUCCAAGUACAAGUACUUCAACCACAACUGGGCCAACAACCACCCCUACUGAAACAAGUACCUCCACCUCAACAACUACCACGACCUCUCCAACAACCCCCACUGUGACUGUAUCCUCAACAACACCUACACCAACACCCACGGAGAGCUCAACUACAACCACAUCCACAACAACAACAACUACCACUGGAACUCCAACUCCAAGUACAACUACUUCAACCACAACUGGGCCAACAACCACCCCUACUGAGACAAGUACCUCCACCUCAACAACCACCACGACCUCUCCAACAACACCCACUGUGACUGUAUCCUCAACAACACCUACACCUACACCAACCCCCACGGAGAGCUCAACUACAACCACAUCCACAACAACAACAACUACCACUGGAACUCCAACUCCAAGUACAACUACUUCAACCACAACUGGGCCAACAACCACCCCUACUGAGACAAGUACCACCACCUCAACAACCACCACCACCUCUCCAACAACUCCCACUGUGACUGUAUCCACAACAACACCUACACCAACCCCCACAGAGAGCUCAACUACAACCACAUCCACAACAACCACAACAACAACAACUACCACUGGAACUCCAACUCCAAGUACAACUACAUCACCCACCACACCAACUAGUUCUCCAUCUACAACUACUAGUACCACAGAAUUUCUGACUAUAGUCGCUUCAACACCAACGUCACCAAGCAUCACUGGAACUCAGACCCCAAGUCCAACUGCACCCACCAGCACUCAAACCCCUUCAACAACCACAACUGAUUCUGCCUUGACUUUUGCAACAACAGCAACAAAAGUAAAUUUAUACCCAGUGCCCACACUUGUAACUUUGGUGCAGAGUUCAAAAGCUGAAUGCAUCAUGUGCUACUGGUCUUCAUGGAUUAGUGUGAGUAAACCAAACUACAACGACAAAGAUGGUGGAGACAAUGAAACCUAUGUGAAAAUCAGAGAAGAGGGCAUAGAUAUCUGCACACAACCAUUAAACAUUUCAUGCAGAGCUAAAGAUUUUCCUCAUGUACCCCUUGAAGAACUGGGACAAGAGUUGGUAUGUGACGUUUCCACAGGACUAAUCUGUAAAAACAAAGACCAAAUCCAAGGGGGUGUGACAACAAUGUGUCUCGAUUAUGAAAUCAGUGUUUAUUGCUGUGGUCCUUGCGUCAGCACUACAACAGGAACCCCUACGACACCAGUCUCGACUCCUGGGGUACACUCCUCGACUACAACGGCAACGACAACAAUACCGUGCUCCACUGAAGAACCAGAACCAGGGAUGUCUACUUCAGAGGUUACAACAACCACAACCAUCCAAACACCAACAACCACACCUACACCAACCCCCACGGGGAGUACAACUACAAUCACAUCCACACCAACCCCACCAACUACCCCUGGAACUACAACCCAAAGUACAACUACUUCAACCACAACUGGGCCAACAACCACCCCUACAGAGACAAGUGAAACGAUAGAGGUGGGCGAUCACCGAAAUGUGUGUUAUCUUGCCAAUUGCUCACUGUGGUGUGAAGUAGAGUUUCACUAUUGGGAUUGUACAAUUCCAACCACAACCACAACUGUACCAACCACAACCACAAUUAUGCCAACUACAAAUGCGACAGAGCUGACUAUACUCACAAGAAGCCCUACAACUGCAAUUCCUCCUACUUUACCAGUAAAAAAACCAUGUUUAAAUGGGACUGUCCAGCCAGGAGAGACAGGUUGGUUCUGUGACUGUGUCCAGGCCAUCUGCGAUUCGGAUGACAAGUGGGUGCUGGUUCCUGUACCAUGCAUUCCACCACCAAAGCCCGAGUGUUCCAAUGGGCGUGCUCCUGUGCAUGUGCCGAAUGAGGAUGGAUGCUGCUGGCACUGGGAAUGUGACUGUUAUUGCACAGGCUGGGGAGACCCACAUUAUGUGACAUUUGACGGCCAGUAUUACAGUUUCCAAGGGAAUUGUACCUAUACCCUAGUGGAAGAGAUUACACAAACAGUUGACAACUUUGGAGUGUACAUUGAUAAUUACCACUGUGAUGCACGGGAACCAGUCUCCUGCCCACGUACACUCAUUGUAAAGCAUGAGACCCUGGAAGUGCGCCUAACAACAGUCAGACUGGACCCUAUGAAACUACAGGUGCUUGUGAAUGGGCAGACAGUGGCUUUACCUCUCAAAAAAUACGGUGUGAAAGUUUAUGAGUCAGGUUUAAACCACGUGGUGGAAAUUCCUGCAUUGCGCAUGAAUGUAACCUACAAUGGCUUGUCCUUCACUAUUAAAAUGCCCUAUCAGCUGUUUGGCAACAACACCCAGGGACAGUGUGGCACAUGCACCAACGAUACUGCAGAUGACUGUAUGUUACGCAGCGGAGCUAUUAUAGAUUCCUGUGAAGUAAUGGCAUAUGACUGGGUCGUUGAUGAUCCCACCAAGCCAGAGUGCCCUCACCUUCCUCCAAGUCUGAAGCCAACAGUCCAGCCCCCGGACUCAUGCAAACCCUCUCCACUCUGUGAGCUUUUAAAGGAAAGUGUAUUCCAGAAGUGUCAUGCAGCUGUUGAUCCUGAAAACUUCUAUAAAGCCUGCAGCUUUGAUAGUUGUGUGAUGCCUGUACGUAACAUCGAAUGUGCAAGUCUUCAGAUCUAUGCAGCAACCUGUGCAGACCAAGGUGUCUGCAUUGAUUGGCGAGGGCAUACCAACGGCUCAUGUCCUGCCCAAUGUCCAUCUAACAAAGUUUACAAAGCCUGCGGUCCUUCUGAAGUGGUCACUUGCAAAUCAGGCGUAAUCAACCAAACACAACAGAUAGAAGGCUGUUUCUGCCCUGAGGGAACAACACUUUAUGACACUGGUGUGGAUGUCUGUGUGAAAACCUGUGGAUGCGUUGGACCUGAUAAUAUACCAAGGAAGUUUGGGGAGAACUUUCAGUUUGACUGCAAGGAUUGUGUUUGCCUGGAAGGAGGCAAUGGCAUAAUCUGUGAACCCCAUAAAUGUCCAGCAACACCUGAUAAAACACCGUGUGUAGGAGAAGGCUUCUACACGCUCACUGAAGUCAAUCCUGAUGACAAAUGCUGUUCUGAAACUGUUUGUGUAUGCAACACUAGUAACUGCUCAACCCCACCUCCUCAGUGUGCUCCAGGAUUUGAGACUGUUACUGACACGCCAACAGGCCACUGCUGUCCUGUUCAUCGGUGUGUUGCCAAAGGUGUUUGUGUGGAUAAUGGUAAUGAAUACAAGCCUGGUUCACAAAUCCUAGGACAGAAGUGCCAGCAAUGUGUGUGUACGAAGCAACAAGACAACAGUACUCAGCUGAAUAUCAUCCAUUGUGACCAUGUCCCAUGUAAUGUGAAAUGUGAAACAGGAUAUUCUCUUACACCACAGCCUGGUGAAUGCUGCGGGAAAUGUGUACAGACAAGCUGUGUCAUACAAACAAGUGAAGAGGUUCUCAUCUUAAACCCCGCAGAACAAAAGAGUGAUCCCAAGGACAACUGUACCAUUUACACCUGCAUGAGGAUCAAUACGCAGCUGAUUUCUUCCACUUCAGUGAUAAGUUGCUCACCAUUUAAUGAGGAGCGAUGUCAACCUGGCACUAUUACAUUAUUGCCUAGUGGCUGCUGUAAAACAUGUAUACCUUCUGUGACGGAAACAACACCAGCAUGCUCUCCUGCUAAAACAAUGGACUAUAUUCUUUAUGAUGGUUGCCGUUCCGAGGAACCGAUCUCUGUGACUCAGUGUGAGGGAAGAUGUGAAACUUCCUCAAUAUAUUCUGCUGAUGCCAACUCAAUGAAGCACAUGUGCAGCUGCUGUAGGGAGUCAAAGACAGUCCAGAAGGAAAUCACACUGGUAUGUCCUGAUGGAAAGAACAAGACACACAGCUACCUCCAUGUAGAAAGUUGUGAGUGCCUCACCACUGAAUGUACUGAAUCACAGUCGUCAAACACCCGUCACACUCAGCGCAGGAGGAGCAGUGAACAAACAAGCACAGAACCGUCCAAGGAAAAAGAUGAGCAGCGUGCUAGGAACCAUAGCAGGAGGGCAGUUACAAAAAAAUUUAAGUGA